AUGCUCGACCCGGAGCGCUGGUAUUAUGGAAGAGUGGAAGAAGUCCAUCCACAUUUUACCUAUGUGAAAGUCAAGCUAAAUGACACGGGCGAGAUCUUCACACACGAUAAGGCCUACAAGCUUGUUGAGCAGGAAGUGACAGUAGAAAGAAACAAGAACGUCAGGUUCAAGGUACUCCCCGACCUCGACGACAAGAAGAACCGAAUCAAGGAAUUAGAGGGGCGGUCGGGGUCUGUCAAGAGUUCUGAGGAAUGGGAAGAAGGCGGUGGGAGGGAGCAUUCGAUAACGUCUUUCUCAUAUGAGUUAUCACAGGGGCCAUUUAGAAGGAAAGAAUGGGCAGUCUGGAUCAUGACAUCCAGCUCCGCAAGCAGCUCCCAUGGCACCCGGUACGGGGGCAGGGUGACGACGAGGAUGUUCGAGAAGGCAGUCCGUGGUCCAUCCCUCACGAUCUCGCUCGACGAGCCCUACGACGAUUGCAUCGACGUCACAACGUCCCGCGCCGAGGUGGCACGCGACGCCAUCGAGAGGGGCAUUGAAUUCUCCAGCAGGGUCUACGUGAUCUUCAAAUCGGACGAGGCCGGGAAAUUCGAAGUGGCGACGGUGGAGCUCGACACCUCGGAUCGCACGCGGCACCCGGGCGUGGUGAAGACGAGGAUGUUCGAGACUCCGGAGCGCCCUGCAUCCCUCACGAUCAAGCUCGACAAGCCUUACCAUGAUUGCGCCAACGUCGUAGCGAGGGCCGCCGUGACUAAGGCGGCGUUGCAAAGAGGCGUCGAGUUGAAUUUGCCUGUCUAUGUUGUUUUCAACACUAGUAAGGACCGGUUUAUGGAAGUGGAUGCUGUGGAGCGGAGAUACGAGUGA